GGCGGGCGGGCCGGGACGGAGGGAGCGCCAGCCGAGCCCCAGCGCCGGGCGUCCGAGCCCAGGCGGCCUCGGCAGGUGGACGCGGCCCGGGGAGGGGGCGUUGCCCCGGCAGGAGCCCCCGCUCGACCCGCUGCCUCCGCCCCCGCCCAGGCUCCCGGAGAGACGCUCUCCAAAGAGAGGUUGCGGGGGGCCGUAUCUUGUCUCCGGGCUGGCGAGCCUGGGGCGGCUUUCGGCUCUUGACGUCUGUUGGUCUCCCCCUCCGGAGUUCAAACUUUCUGUUAUGUUUCUCCGUUUCUGCCAACCGUGCUUUUCCGCAUUGCUCUCCCACAGUGAAUCCUAAGUGAUUUAAUUAUUUUCUUUUUUAUUUGGAAUAAUUUUGUCCGCUUGCAAAGUUACUUCCCUUUUCUCCAAAUUUUAAAGUCAUUUCUAGCCAACGAAGCUGUUUCUUCUCAGUUUUGUAAUUUUGGGGGUGGGGUGGGGAAGGGAAGGUGGGUAGGAAAUACUUCCUUUUACAUUUAAGGAGCUUUGAUAAGGGAAGCACAGCUUCCAAGAGGAAGAGAAGAGAGGACUAAUUUUUGGUUGGCUAUUCCUGAAAAGGACACCAGUUCUUCAAGUGACACUUAAAGAAUUACUGUAAUCUUAACUAUAAUUAUUAUAGCUCAAAAUACCUAAAUGCAGGUGUGUGGAAUAUUUAUGUCAUUUCUAAGAUCUUUGUGAGCCCAGCAUGGCUGCCCUUUACAUUGUUAAUGUACAUCAGAGAGUUUUAAUCCCUCAGUUGGAUUCGUCUUUACUCGUAAACCACUGGCUGAAAGGGAGGAGGCCCAGUGAUUGGAGGUCUGCUUACUGCCCACCCCUGCUUUCGGUGGUCAUGCCUAGGCCUCUCCGACUCAGGAAUGCCUGGGCUUCCAGGUUCCCUCUUACUUCCCUCUGCAGGUUGCUCGUGUGGAGAUUAUUCUAACCGGGUCUAACCCUAAUCGGGGAGGAAGUGCAAACAGGAUUGUAGCGACCUCACAGUUUCUUUCUCCGUUUCACGUGCCUUCUCCAGGAGGGAGAAAUGGCCACGAGGCUGCUGCCAUUCCAGGCUCUGGAAAUCAAAGAGGAACGGCAUUCCUGAGGACCAGUCAACCCCAGUAAUACUUGCUUUCUGAAGACACAGUGCUUCACUGACAGUGUUACCGAGUAUCGAGUCCAAACUGGUUCUGCUUGCUGCACGGCUGGCCAAUAAAUCGGGAGACGAGGUGUUGGGGCAAGGAAUAACGACUUUAUUCGGAAAGCCAGCAGUCCGAGAAGAUGGCAGACUAAUGUCCUGGAGAACCAUUUUACCCAAGAGUCUGUGACGUUCAGGGAUGUGGCCGUGUUCUUCAGCCGGGACGAGUGGCUGCACCUGAACUCUGCGCAGAGAGCCUUGUACCGGGAGGUGAUGCUGGACAACUACAGCGCCCUGGUGUCGCUGGGGAUUCUGUUUUCCAAACCAAAGGUUAUCCUCCAGUUAGAGCAAGGGGAAGACCCCUGGAUGGUGGAAAAUGGAGUUUCUCAGAGUGCGUGUCUAGGAUGGGAGAGCUUGUUUGAAACAACCUGUUCCAAAGAAGAAAAUCAGGAAGUAAUGAAUGAACUCAUAGGUGAUGGUCCUUUUGACUUCAAACUGGGAAAAAUCUACAUAAAUGAGGACCAGCUAGAGAAUCAGCAAGGCAAGAUGCACAGACCUUUCAGGGAAGUCUUAGUUGCCAUCCAGAAAACCUUUAUGAAGGAGAAGAGCUUUCUAGGUGUUGACCUUGGGGAAAGUCUUGAUCUAAAAUCAUUUAUGAGAAAACCCGGCAUAGUUUCCAGAGGAAGGAAACCCCGUUCACAGCAGUAUUCAGUUCUGUUUAAGCAACUGGGAAUCGACACGGUGCGUAAAUGUUACAAGUGUAGUAUCUGUGGGAAAAUCUUCCUUCACAGUUCUUCCCUGAGUAAACAUCAGAGAAUCCACACUGGAGAGAAGCUCUAUAAAUGUAAGGAAUGUAGGAAAGCUUUCAGCCAAAGCUCAUCUCUGACUCAGCACCUGAGGGUUCACACUGGAGAGAAGCCUUAUAUAUGUAGUGAGUGUGGAAAAGCCUUCAGUUUCACCACGUCGCUCAUUGGCCAUCAGAGAAUGCACACUGGAGAGAGACCCUAUAGAUGUAAUGAGUGUGGAAAAACGUUUAAAGGUAGCUCAUCCCUUAAUAAUCACCAGCGAAUUCAUACAGGAGAAAAGCCCUAUAAGUGUAAUGAAUGCGGGAGAGCCUUCAGCCAGUGCUCAUCUCUUAUUCAGCAUCACCGAAUUCAUACUGGGGAGAAACCGUACGAGUGUACUCAGUGUGGGAAAGCCUUCACAUCAAUAUCGCGGCUAAGUAGACACCAUAGAAUUCAUACUGGAGAGAAACCCUUUCAUUGUAAUGAGUGUGGAAAAGUAUUCAGUUACCAUUCAGCCCUUAUUAUACAUCAAAGAAUUCACACUGGCGAGAAACCUUAUGCCUGUAAAGAAUGUGGGAAAGCCUUCAGCCAAAGCUCAGCUCUUAUACAGCAUCAAAGAAUUCAUACUGGAGAAAAACCUUAUAAAUGUAAUGAAUGUGGGAAAGCCUUCUCCUGGAUUUCACGGCUUAAUAUACACAACAGAAUCCAUACUGGAGAGAAACCAUAUAAUUGUAAGGAAUGUGGAAAAGCUUUCAGUUCCCACUCAGCAGUUAAUACUCACCGAAAAAUUCAUACUGGAGAGAAACCUUAUAAAUGCAAUGACUGUGAAAAAGCCUUCAACCAAAGCUCCGCUCUGAUUCAGCACCAGAGAAUUCAUACUGGAGAGAAACCGUAUAACUGUAAAGUCUGUGGGAAAGCCUUUCGACAAAGUUCAUCCCUUAUGACACAUAUGAGAAUUCAUACAGGGGAAAAGCCUUAUAAAUGUAGGGAGUGUGGGAAGGCUUUCAGUCAGAGCUCAUCCCUCACCAACCACCAGAGGACUCAUACUGGAGAAAAACUGUAAGUAAAAAGCAUGUGGAAAAAGCUCCCAACCGAAGUUCAUGCCAUUGACUAUCAGAGAAUUCAUCCUGGUGAGAGCAUCAGGAAGAGUAUUAACUGUGGGUUAAACACCAGAAUUUAGACCUCGUCAACCAUGAGAGACUUCGGGGUGCAGGAUAACCUUAGGGACAGUAGGAAAACUUUGGUACCACUGUUUUUUCAUAUGUUGUUAAGUUAUUACAGACCAUAAAAUAGGUAGAUCAAACAGUAUUUUAUUUUCUUUCUGGUGAUCACAGCCACCAGCUUUCCCAGCCGUCACUGGGGAAGCAUGUAGAUCGAUGGAAAAGUGUAGCCAUAACAUUCCAGACUGCAGAUGAAUGUAGGAUUCUAUUUUUCUGAAACUGCAUUUUGAGUGUCAUGCAGGUAAGUUGUACUAGGAAGAAUGUUUUGGAGGGGAGAGUAAGCAGGUGACCUGGAGCUACCUCACUGUCACUAAAAUUUGUUUUUGUAAUAGUUUAAAAGUAACUUCUGCACUUGGAGGUUAAAACUUCGGAGUUAUUUCUCCCCUGCUUCCUUAGCCACUCACCUGAGAAGAAAAUCACUCCAUAACCUGCAGGUAUUUUAAAUCCCGUGCGUUUUCUCCCUGGCUGCUUGCUCUAAACUGAAUCAGAUCAGAGGUCACAUUAUUUCAAAUCACAAAAUGCAUCGUAUGUCACUUGUUUUUCUCAUGAAGUGAUUGCCUUUGCUGUGUUGAGAAUUAAAGGUUAUUUAGACAACUA